AUGGAGUGCGAAAUCAACUCUGCUUUGUUCCCAUGCCAAAUGCAAAAAAACAACGGAGAUGAUAGAAUCAGCACCUUGCCCAGUGACAUUCUGGUCAACAUUCUUGACCGACUUGAUGUCCGUGAAGCUGUGAGAACCAGUAUCCUCUCCAGACGGUGGAGUCAGCUCUCUUGCAAGCUCUCACGACUUAUCAUAAAUGCUCAGCCUGAUGGUGUGUCUAGCUCCAACAUCUCUGAUGGUGACUUGGUUCGGAUCAAUGCAGCUGUUGUUGAAGCGACAAAGAGCUUACUGACCCGCAGAUAUCCAGGCGAAGACACCAUCAGCCUCCUGUCUACCACGUUCUACUUGAGAGGUGAUGCCCCCAUAUCCAUUGGACAUGCUGUUGGCAGCGCCAUGAUGACACACAAGAUUGAGGAAGCUGAAUUCACAGUUUUGACAGUGAAGAAUCGCCUAUAUUGCACUCUUGAUGAUGUGUUGAACUAUGGGACACAGUUUGUGUCAUUUUUUAAUGAGUGUCUGAAUGCAUUUACUGGUUUGACGCGCCUCUACAUGGAGAAUUUGAGAUUUGCUGAAUCUGACUUCGUCUCCAACAUCUUCGUCACUUGCAAGCGAUUAAAAUAUUUAGGUUUUCUCAAUUGCGACACAAAGAAGCAUUUAACACUCCAGGUCAAACACGCUCAACUAAGUGAGCUCAGUAUGGUCAACUGCCGUUUUUACAAAGUCGAACUCAAGUGGCUCCCAAGACUCACUCGGACAACGUUCACAUGUUGGAUGGCUUUUGAAGAACUACCACUGUCAUUUGGUCAUGUCCCUCUGCUUGAGUUUUUGAACCUCACAAAUAUCGGUCUUAGUCGGAACAAAAUGGUCAUGUUAAGUACAUUACUUUGUGAGACACACAUACAAGAACUGCAAUUGGGGUUUAAAUGCGAAAAGAUUUGGGUUCAACCAGAGUGUCUGAGCGAAAGGCUGGCUUCUGCGUUCCACAGACUAAGGAUUGUCAGUCUAGUUAGCAUUCCUGAAGGGUCUGAUCUUACGUGGACAAUUUUCAUUUUGGAAGCUGCGCCAUCACUUGAAGAGUUGUACAUGUCGGUAAUUGAUCAUCCGUGUGAGAUGAUAAUGGAUAAGAAAAGGAGGACGGAACUCUUGCUUUGCGAAAAGAAGGGCGUCGAGUGGGAAUCACCUAGAUCAAAUUUCAAGCACCGCCGCCUUGCCAAGCUCAUCAUCUUUUGCUUUGUAAAUUGCAUGGUGAGUUAUGUCAGGCGUGUCAUGAAAGCAGCGGUGAAUCUGAAGGAUGUGUACCUGUAUGAUAGACUGGCAUGUAGCAAGUGUGAACACAUGGCCAUUUUUAAGCCUGGUAGGCUUCCACGGGCAAAGAAGAAGUUGAAUGCGAUGAAGAAGUUGUUGACCCAGGGCAUCGAGUCAGCUCCCAGAAUUCACCUGCUGACUGAUUGUGAAAUGGAAGCUGACCAUGCUGCAAGGGUUAAAGACUUCUUAUGUUCCUGA